GCUUAAACCCUUACUUCUCUCUCAGGAGAAACAGCACUUUCAGACACACUUGUUUGUCUCUCUUUCAACAGGAAGGAGAGAGAGAGAGAGAGAGAGAGAGAGAGAGAGAGAGGAGGUAUAAGAUCUCUUGUUCAACAUAUGUAUGUCUCUUUUCUUCUCCUCCUUCUCCUCCUCCUCUUCUUAGUGGGUUAUCGCUAUUGGCUAGCUCAGACAAUAUCUACACUGUUUCUUUCUUAAUUAAGAGGGCUGAUUCUUUCUUUUUUUCAUUUUUUUUGGUGAGUUUUGUUUCUUUGAUGGUUUUCUAUUUCCUUUUUAUGAGAAAACGGGUUUCUCUUUUCUGGGGAUGAUUUAAGAGGGAAAUUAAGUUUAUCAAGAAUCUAAAAGAUUUAGUUUUGACAUUGGAGGCUGAUAAAGCUUGGAUUUUGGUAGGUUUGUGACACGGGAGGCACAAGUCUGUAAGGGGCUUCUAAAAUUGAGGAACUUUGACAAGAAUAGCAAGUGUUUGGUUGGUUGCGAUGUUAAGAGCAUUAGCUCCUGUAUUAUUCUUUCUCAUUUCACGUCUUAUGAUCUCGGUCUCUGCCAUUGACAAUGAAUUCGUUAAUUGUAACUGUGAUGAUGAUGGUUUUUGGAGCGUGCAUAGCAUUCUGGAGUGUCAGAAGGUUAGCGAUUUUUUGAUUGCAGUAGCCUACUUUUCAAUACCCAUGGAGCUUCUUUACUUUCUUAGCUGCUCAAACUUUCCAUUUAAAUGGGUCCUCCUUCAGUUUAUAGCAUUUAUAGUCCUUUGUGGAUUGACACAUUUGCUCAAUGGAUGGACUUAUUAUGGGCCACACUCAUUUCAAUUGAUGAUGUCUCUCACCGUUGCCAAAUUCCUUACUGCUUUGGUUUCAUGUGCAACUGCAAUAACCCUUUUGACUUUGAUUCCUCUUCUUCUCAAAUGGAAAGUUAGAGAGCUUUUCUUGAAGCAAAAUGUGUUGGAAUUAGACCAAGAAGUUGGUAUGAUGAAAAAGCAGAAGGAAGCGAGCUUGCAUGUUAGAAUGCUAACCCGAGAAAUCAGGAAGUCGCUUGAUAAGCAUACCAUAUUGUAUACAACUUUGGUUGAGCUUUCUAAGACUUUGGAUUUACAUAAUUGUGCUGUAUGGAUGCCAAAUCAGAAUAGAACAGAGAUGAAUCUCACACACGAGUUGAGACCAAGUUCUAAAAAUUAUCACCUUUCUAUUCCUGUCUGUGACCCAGAUGUGUUAGAGAUAAAAGAUACCAAGGGGGUAAAGAUCUUGAGGCCAGAUUCGGCACUGGGGGCAGCAAGUGGUGGUGGCUCUGAGGAGGCAGGUUCUGUGGCAGCAAUUCGGAUGCCAAUGCUCCGGGUUUCAAAUUUCAAAGGAGGCACACCUGAACUAGUUGACACUAGUUAUGCUAUACUGGUUUUGGUUAUUCCAAGGAUGAAUUCUAGGACUUGGAGCUGUGAGGAAAUGGAAAUAGUGGAAGUUGUUGCUGAUCAGGUGGCUGUGGCUUUAUCCCAUGCUUCAGUUCUUGAAGAAUCUCAGCUAAUGAGAGAGAAGCUGAGUGAGCAAAAUCGUGCUUUGCAGCAAGCUAGGAAGAAUGCUAUGAUGGCAAGCCAGGCAAGGAACUCAUUUCAGAAGGUGAUGAGUCAUGGAAUGAGAAGGCCAAUGCACUCAAUUGUGGGCCUACUUUCAAUGUUCCAAGAUGAAAGCAUGAGCUUUGAACAGAGAAUUAUUAUUGAUACAUUGGUGAAAACCAGCAAUGUUCUUUCAACUUUGAUUAAUGAUGUCAUGGAGAUUUCAGCAAAAGAUAAUGGAAGGUUUUCAUUAGAUAUGAGACCUUUCCGUUUACAUUCAAUGAUCAAGGAAGCUUUGUGCCUUGCUAAGUGUUUUUGUAUGUAUAAAGACUUUGGUUUUGAAAUUGAUGUUCAGAGUUCUUUGCCUGAUUUAGUGAUAGGGGAUGAGCAGAGGACUUUUCAAGUGAUUCUGCAUAUGGUUGGAUAUCUAUUGAAUGUCUAUGAUGGAGGUGGAACUGCUAUAUUUCGGGUUUUCUCAGAGGGUGGUAGUGAGGGCAAGAAUGAUAGAAUGUUGGGGAUGUGGAAACCAAAUGCUCCAGAGGAGUAUGUGUGCAUCAAGUUUGACAUCGAGAUUAGGGAGGGAACUUCUUUGUUGGAUGGAUCAGUCUCAACCACACAUUCUUCUGGAAGGAGGCAAAACAGUGAUGAAGUUAAGGAAGGCUUGAGCUUCAGUAUUUGCAAAAAGCUUGUGCAGAUGAUGCAAGGUAAUAUCUGGAUAUCUCAGAACUCUCUGGGUUUUGCACAAAGCAUGACUCUGGUUCUCAGGUUUCAAGUCCGACCUUUUGGAAGAGCUGUAUUUGCCUCUGGAACUACCUCAGAACAACCAAAUUCCAAUUCUCUGUUCAGAGGCCUUCGGGUUAUACUUGCUGAUGAUGAUGAUGUAAACAGGACUGUAACCAAGAGGCUACUUGAGAAGCUAGGUUGUGAAGUGACUGCUGUUUCAUCCGGGUUUGAAUGCCUUAGUGCUCUUAGUUCUUCUGAAAAUUCUUUUGGUGUAGUUAUUUUGGAUCUUCAGAUGCCUGAAAUAGAUGGCUUUCAAGUAGCAAUGAGAAUCCGAAAGUUCCGAAGUCGUAAUUUGCCAUUGAUUAUAGCCUUGACUGCAAGUUCUGAGGAUCAUGUUUGGGAGAAAUGCCUACAGAUGGGAAUGAAUGGAGUGAUUCGAAAGCCUGUUCUCUUACGAGGGAUCGCUGACGAGCUUCGUAGAGUUCUGCAAAGGGCAGGUGAAGGAUUGUGAGAGCAAGUUAUUUAGAUAAUCUUGCAUUGAAAUGUCUCAAGGGGUCUUGGUCAUCUCACCAUUGAGGUCCAACAUGGAGACUGGUAUACAACAUGUAAACUGUAACUUUUUGCUAACCACUUCAUUGAUUGAACUCUAUGACUAGAACUUCAUAGAAUGAAUUAUACCUUGAUGUGAAACUUGUCAAACUCUUAUCUAAUAAUGAAAAAAACAUGAAUAUGAUUCGCAACAUUGAAGUAAUACAGACUGGCUUUUUUUA